UCCCGGGCGGAAGCCCGGGGAACUCAUCCCUGGUGAGCGCGGAUCGCGCGUUUUCUGCUGCCGAGCUGUUUGUGAAGUGAAGGGGAAUAGGCGAGUCUAGGGCUCCCCGAUCCUUUUAGGCUCUCAGCAGCGCCUGGUCUCGGAAGAGCUGCAAAAGCGACAGGCAGGGCCUAGUGACUGGGCUGUCUGUCCUUCCCUUCCUUGCCACUCUAGGGCUGGCUCCAGGAUCCAGACAUCAGCAAGGGGUGGCAUCUGGGGGAUCUGAGCCGCGGCGCUAGGAUGGGGAACAGUGCCCUCCGCGCUCAUGUGGAAACAGCGCAGAAAACGGGUGUCUUUCAGCUCAAGGACCGCGGACUGACCGAGUUCCCUUCAGAGUUGCAGAAGCUGACGAGCAAUCUCAGGACCAUCGACUUAUCCAACAACAAGAUCGAGAGCCUACCGCCUAUGCUGAUAGGGAAGUUCACUCUGCUGAAGAGCCUCUCCCUGAACAGCAACAAACUGACUCUUCUGCCUGAUGAGUUAUGCAAUCUGAAAAAACUAGAGAUGCUAAGCCUAAACAACAAUCACCUGAUGGAUUUGCCAUCUACCUUUGGACACCUCUCAGCCCUCAAGACCCUGAGCCUCUCUGGGAACCAACUCCGGACACUACCACCCCAACUCUGUAGCCUACGGCACCUGGAUGUUGUGGAUCUCUCUAAGAACCAGAUUCGGAGUAUACCUGACAUAGUGGGAGAGCUGCAGGUCAUCGAACUCAACCUCAAUCAGAACCAGAUAUCUCAGAUCUCAGUGAAGAUAUCUUGCUGUCCUCGCCUCAAAGUUCUUCGCCUGGAAGAGAACUGUCUUGAGCUCAGUAUGCUUCCACAGAGUAUCCUCAGUGAUUCCCAGAUCUGUCUGCUUGCUGUGGAAGGCAAUCUUUUUGAGAUAAAGAACCUUCGAGAACUGGAAGGCUAUGAUAAGUACAUGGAGAGGUUUACAGCUACCAAGAAGAAGUUUGCAUGAUGCUCUCCAGUAUGGGAAGUUUACAUGACACCUACUUGGAUCCUCUGUUGGAAUCUGUCUGAAUCAAAGGUUCCUGUCAUUGUCAAGGAUAUCUGCAAUAAGGAGGCAAUACUCCAGGAGAUACUUUACUCAAUGAUCUUUCUCCUUUUCAGGGCACACCUCAAAUAAGCUAAAAGCGAUAGGAAGAGCUAGAAGAGUCCUCCAUUUUGAACCAUGGAUAGAGCACUGGACAAUCUUGAUUUUUAAAACCAUCAUUAGUUUGGCUUUAAGAAACCAGUUGCCAGUUGCUCUUUAUAUGGUGAGGGGUUGCUGCCUGGUAACAAUAAUAGUUUCACACUACAGCUUUCAAUUUCAUGUUUAGUUUCAAUGUGUGAGCAUCCAUAAAAUCAACUGCCAUUCCACCUCUGUGUUAAUACUUCAUAUUUUUAUGAAAUUCAAAUAGUUGUGAGAGGCUGCUGUGGUUAAUCGAAGGAUUUAUGAUUUUAUUCCAGUUCAUCUGUUCAAUUGCAGUGUUUAUCCUUGGAGUUUAGGAUAUAUAUGACUGUCUUGAUUAAAAGUGUGCUUUGUCAGAGAAGCACCAAAACAACACUAAAAGAUGAUCCCUAGGGUCUGCGGUAGCAAAUUCUUUAUUAUUGCAGGAGCCUAACUAUCAAGAUAUGUCUGAAGAGCUAAAACUAUAUGCAACACUUGUAAGAUAAAAGUAAUUUUAAUAAUCAAGAUUUUCCUGAAGCUUUGUUACAAAUAAUGUCUUAUUUCUGGUAACCCUUUUCCCAUUUUGUAUUUAUAACUACUGAUCAAAUUACCUAUCAAGAAACCAUUGCUACAACAUUUUAAAACAACCUAUGUUUAUCAAGUUUUUUCUCUGGCUGAGAGAAUAUGCUAAAUAAAGAAUUUUUAAUGAA